CCACAAACGACCAGUUCCAACUCCAUCCGCCAGAUGGCGCCGACGCCGCCAACCAACCGCUCUAUCCGAUCCUACAUCCUGGAUACCCCGGUGCGUUUCCAUGACAACUCCAGCUUCGUCUUGAAAACGCCGUGUCCAGCGUGAGCCGUCGCCAGAUAUCGGCGCCUCCGUCAGUUAAGUUCGCGUUAGCUGACGGUGAGUUAUCCCGCCACCAGGGGUUCCGCGAUUAUUUUUAAAUUCCGACGUGUUUACACAAAACUAGACUGUCACGUUUGCUGGACCGAAAAUAUUAUGGAGUAAGUGGCCUCAUCUGCUCUCAUCUCUAUAUGACACAGAACGAAAGCCGCAUGAUGGCUCAGCAAUGGGAAAAGCUGUCACCGCAGGAAUUCCAACAAUUACAGGAUUUGGCAGCAUAUUCAAAUAGGAAGUUGCAGGAUGUAUUGGUGGAAUUCUGUGGGACAGGACCUCCAUACCAACAUAAUCCAGAUGGGGAAAUCGAUUUCGAGGGUUUUCGGAGGUUCUUGGACAGUUUCCUGGAGGUUCGAAGCCCAGAUGAACUCUGCAGGCACUUGUUCCUUUCCUUUGUCAAAGGAAUCAAUGUUGAGGGCAAAGCAUUCAAGGAGAUGACCGUUUUGAGCUCUACUACGGCUUGUGCUCCAAUAACAUCCCACACUAAAGGAUCAGCACCGAAUGUGAAUUCGAUUUGUGAAAUAGUGGAUAGAAAUUCAUGUGUGGAAAAAGCUUCGACAUACGGAGAAAUGCUCGUUGAGAAAAUUCACGGAAUACACGAGAAAUUGAUGGGACAUCACAGAUCAGAUAGUGAUUGCUCGACAAGAGCUGGAAAAACAGGAACAGUCCAUCCGAUGCUAACAGUAACCCACACUUCCUAUUCCUGUCAUGAGGUUUUGGGAAAGAAAAGCACUGAAUCAUCACCCUCGCAUAGUCAGAUAUCAAGAAACUCAUCGAAAAAAUCUAACAACUCGCUGUUAGUCAAUAACGGAAAAUUAGAAGAAGUCAGACAUAUCGUUAGAAAAACAAGCACACUAGACGUCAACAGCGUAAAAGUUUCGCUGAAGGACAUCGUAUGCUAUUUAUCCCUCCUUGAAGCCGGUAGACCGGAAGAUAAGCUUGAAUUCAUGUUCAGGCUUUACGACACCGAUGGCAACGGUGUCUUGGACAAGAACGAGAUGGAUUCGAUCAUAAAUCAAAUGAUGGCUGUCGCCGAGUAUCUAGGAUGGGAUGUUUCCGAAUUGAAGCCGAUCCUCCAGGACAUGAUGAUAGAGAUCGAUUACGAUGCGGAUGGCACAGUAUCCCUCGAAGAGUGGAAACGUGGUGGUUUAACCACAAUCCCGCUGCUUGUCCUUCUGGGCUUAGAUCAGAAUGUGAAAGAGGACGGCAAUCACUUAUGGAGACUCAAGCAUUUCAGUAGACCGGCUUAUUGUAAUUUAUGUUUGAACAUGUUGGUCGGCCUUGGAAAGAAGGGGUUAUGUUGUACUUUUUGUAAAUUCACGGUGCAUGAAAGAUGCGUCCACAGAGCACCAGCCAGCUGUAUAGCGACGUAUGUAAAAAGUAAAAAGUCUUCACAAACCCUGAACCAUUUCUGGGUGGAAGGCAACUGUCACGGAAAAUGUGCUAGAUGUCGGAAACCUGUCAAGGGGGGCAUAACGGGUCUUCAUUGCAGGUGGUGCCAAAAUACUCUCCAUAAUAAAUGUGUUUCCCAAGUCAAGGCUGAAUGUGGAUUGGGAGAGCAUAAUGUUCAUAUCCUUCCUCCAACGGCCAUAUGUCCGAUAGUUUUAGACAGACAGAGAUCUUUGCAGAAACGUGGUUCGAAAUACGGACCUGACAAUAACACCUACACGACAGCGAACAAGCAACCGGCCAUUUCUUUCCAAAUAACGCCAACCCCAAACACUGCCCCCCUUCUGGUUUUCAUCAACCCCAAAUCUGGAGGCAGGCAAGGUUUGCGCAUAAUGAGGAAGUUCCAAUACAUCCUCAACCCUAGACAGGUUCACAACCUGGCCACAGGUGGUCCCAUGCAGGGGUUGAAUAUGUUCAAGGACGUGCCGAACUUCAAGGUCAUAUGUUGCGGUGGCGACGGCACUGUUGGUUGGGUACUGGAAACUAUGGAUAAAGUGGACCUUGAUUGCCAACCGGCUGUUGGUGUCAUUCCUCUCGGCACCGGAAACGACCUGGCAAGAUGCCUACGAUGGGGCGGGGGCUACGAGGGCGAAUCCAUUCAUAAAAUCCUCCACAAGAUAGCGAGGGCAUCAACCGUGAUGCUCGACAGAUGGCUCAUCGAACUGACGGAUAGCGACCCUCCUGAUCCAGAUCUGAACCAGGCUGACACCAGGAUACCCUACAACAUCAUCAACAAUUAUUUCUCGAUUGGUGUGGAUGCUGCCAUUUGUGUGAAGUUCCAUCUCGAAAGAGAGAAGAAUCCUGAAAAAUUCAACAGCAGAAUGAAAAACAAAUUAUGGUAUUUCGAAUACGCAACUUCAGAACAAUUUGCAGCCUCUUGCAAACAUCUUCACGAACAUAUCGAUAUUGAGUGCGACAACGUCUCAUUAGAUUUAGCAAACGGAUUACCUCUACAAGGAAUUGCCCUCUUGAAUAUACCCUACACUCAUGGAGGUUCGAACUUAUGGGGUGAUAAUUUGACAGGUACGAAGAAGAAGAGUAAGAAGAAGAAGAGGCAAAAAGAUAUGAGUACUAGUAGUUUUAAUUCAAUCGAUCUCAAAGGUGCUGUUCAAGAUAUUGGCGAUGGUUUGAUUGAAGUCAUAGGACUGGAGAAUUGUUUACAUAUGGGUCAAGUACGUACUGGCUUGAGAGCUAGCGGAAGAAGAUUGGCCCAAUGCUCUUCGGUUGUGAUAAAAACUAAAAAAACAUUCCCAAUGCAGAUUGAUGGAGAACCUUGGAUGCAGCCUCCAACGACGAUAAAAAUCACCCACAAGAACCAAGUACCGAUGCUAAUGGGUCCACCACCAGAGAAAGGAAAAGGUUUCUUCAAUUUCUUCAGGUUAUAAAUGAAGAAAGAUCCAUCCCAAGCAUUUCCUCAUUUUCUAGUCUGUCGAUAAAUUAGUUUUGUAAGCGACAAUAACGAUUCACAAACUCGUUUUUGCAGUAUUAUAAAUUAACAUAUAUUAUAUUCAAAUGGCCGAAUUUGAUGCGAUAUCUUCCAAGUAUCAUAAAAAAAAUGUUGUUACCUAUACUUUUUCGCAAACUCACGAAUAUUUCUUGUUUUAAAAUGUUCGUAUCUAUGUACAAAUUUAAUGUUUCUGAACAACGAUUUUCCAGUGGGAAAGAAUACGAGUGAAACAAGGAAAUUUAAAUAUAGCUUUAUAUAGAAUAAAGAAAAGCCUCUGAAUAAGGACAAAAAAAAACAGAUUUAAAAUUAAUGUUUAUUUCAAUGUUUUAAAUGGAUACGGUAUUUUUGUAUUCACAUGUUUUUUGAAGGGUUUGACUUCAUAGAAACAUCCUCAACAUCCACAAUAUAUCAUAUAGAAGUAAGUAGAAAUUUUUCACAGAACUGUUCUCCAAAUGGGUAAUAUUCGUGAGUUUGAAAAUAAACCUAAUCUACGAUAUUCAUAAAAUGUGUGUUGCAUAUAGUUGUUUCGAAUUUAUAUUAUCUUAAUAAUGCUAGACGGCAUACAAUAAAAUCUUUAAGAACACUUUAAGAGUAAUACCUUACAUCUUAAUUAUUGUUCUAGUAUGUGAUAGGGACCAUAAUAUGCUUAACUAAUCCCGCCCAAAGUACCUAUUUGCUAUUUGAUCAAAUAUGAGAAAACCCAGUAGAGGAUCAAGUGUUACACCAAAAUCCGUAAUUCCUAUAUAAAAUUUAUAGUUUUUACUAUUGAAUAGAGUAAGAGCUAUGUAGAUAAAUAUAGGUAGGAUCUACACAUUAUAUAAAUUUAAGAAACUGUCGCCAUGAAUGUUAACAUUUUUACUAAAGUAUCUUCUCUCUCUACUUAUCAGGGAAUUUUUGAAUGUAUGUUAUUUGCGUAAUCCAAAUAGCAUACGCUUCCUAACAAUUGUCAUAAUAUCUAUGUUUCCCUCAUACUUGGAUGAAUUUCGGAGAAGUAUUUCCUUUUAGAAACCUUUAUUGAAAUUCAUGCAGAUAAAUUACCAGUUUCGAAAACUCAAAGCAAGUAAACAGCCUUAAUAUAAAUAGUGACCAUAUCCUUUGAAGUUGAAAAUGAAACUUGCUAUCAUGACCAUUGAAAAAAACCUUUGUUUCUGAACAGAAGUUCAAUCUAUAUUCAUUUAUUUGGAUCAAUGUAUAGGUAAGCCUUCGAGCCUACUUGUAAAUUAUGCCUACAUGUAAAGCUUAUAUACCAUAUUGCUUAAAUGUCUACCAAAGGUAGGAGGAAGCUUUGUUAUAACUUUCGGUUUGAUGUUCUCUGAUAUAGAA